UUCCUUCCUUAGUUUCUUACUCAAUGCUGCCGAUACAGUCCAGUAACGUUACAUGUCCCGUUGUCCUAUCUGUGAGCCAGAUCUACAUGUCAAGCGUAUCGCUCCAAGCAUUUGCGAAGUAAGCCAGGCAGACCACACAAGGCAACGGACAAGGUAGAAAAGAACAAGAAGACCAAGAACCCCGGUAAAUCCAAUCCUUACCAGGUCAUUCCGUUGAGGACCGGGAAUACAAGGCCAGGCUUCUGAGCAAACCUUGGCAACGGACGGUCAACAGCAUAUUGACUAUUGAUACCACUUCAAGGGAAUUAACGUCAGCCGCGUGUAGAAUGGAGAGUGCUAUAUUCGGCGUGUGGCCAGGCCAUUUACUGCCCUUAUUGUCCUUGCGGGACAUCAUCCAGCUGUGUGGAACCUCCAAGCAUUUGAAGGCGCUGCUAAUCGAUGAAAACAUGUUUAGCAUUCUAUGUCGGCAACGCUAUCAACUCAGGCCUCGUUUGGACGUGUCAUAUAUAGACGCUGCCAUAAACCUGGAAAUUGUCACCGGUGUGGCCAGCUUGCAUCAUAGCCAUUGCAUCGAUACUAUGCGUUGCAUUUACGGCAGCCAUGUGGAUGUUGCUUUGGUCGGCAGAGCAAAGAAGCAGUCGAUUAUCACACUGUCGUGCCUAGAGUUGAUGCUGCCAGCACAGCUGAGUGAUACCACUAGCUGGGACAGCGCUGGCCUGUUCAAGUCACUCGCCGAAAGCCAUUUACUACAUGCUCUAGAAGAUCGUGAAUUCCUACCAAACCUUUUGCUGAAGGAUGUCGACCGAAAACUUGAGGAGAUGGAAGAAGAAGAAUUUGAUGACUUCAACUUUGAACCAAUGCAGUACCUGUUUAAAGAUGUCACAGAUUUGUUCAUGAGAGACGGAUCGGAGCAAACGUGUCAAGAAGUGAUUAUCAACUCGAUGGAACCACUUAUUGCGAGGUUGACCAAUUACAUGCCUUACGUUAACCGCUCGCGGAGGCUUGGGGAAAUUGCGCAUUCGUUGCAUGAUUUAGCCCAGACAGACGCAACUUUGUUAUCAGCUCUGGGACUUGAAGAUCUCAACGCAAUUCCUCUUCCGGAUGAUGAUGAUGAUGAUGAUGAUGAUGAUGAGUGGACGGACUCGUAUAACCCUUACUACCAUUGUGAUAUCCACUAUAGCGACAAUUACAAUCUGGGCGAAGAAAUGGAUAAGUCCCGAUCAUUGAUCGACAUGGCCGCCAAGCUCUCAGAAAAGCACUCAGUUCUGAGGCUGCUGAUAAUGGGUAGGCUAAAGACAUUGAAUCCCGAGAAUUACUUCAUGGCUCUCAACGAAUAUGAACAAUUCUGGAAUAGUUUGUCUGAGUCAAGUCGCCCCAGUCGUAAAGUACUAUGCAGCGGCUUGGGAAGCCAUCUACUUUCGUCAAUAUCAGGAUUGCCUGAUCAGAAGCUGUGGACGAAACUGGAGCUAGUGGACGCCAUGAAGAACUAUGGAAAAGAACUAGUUUUCCUUGCGCAAGAAGAGCUACCGCUUUCUGAGAAGCAAAGAAGACCAGAAUGUGGGCAAGAUGACGAAAAGAAAGAAGACGAAGAACGCCCAUGAGAAUGAUCACACCGACACACACGCGCACGCAGACACACCAACUCACGUAUAAACAUGGACGUACAUUUGACACCUCACACUACCUUGUAUAUUGCAAUGUUAUGCAUCUUUAACUUCGUGAUUGUAUACCUCCUUAUUUUGAUAGUCCACUUCACCCGUCCUUGUUAACAGUGUUAGUCACGGUUUGUUCUUACCUUUCCAAGUAUUCAAUGAUGAUGAUUGACUGUUAUAUGUUUCGCCGACCGAGCGGGGCAAAUGAGGCGAGAAAUGAUUUCUCGCGCAACAAAAUUAUUUUUCUUGCGAAUAUGGAAUCUGAUGUUUUCUCGUUUUGUUGCUGUUCUGUUUUGCUUGACUCCUUCAGUCAGUUUUUUUUGUGUCUCACCAGUGUCC